AUAAUAAUAAUUAAAACUUAGCCUGCUCGUGCUCGUAUAUAGUAAUAGCCCUUACCUUCUAAUGCUCUUUAAUUCUUGACCCUUUUGCCACCACUUUCCCUUCUCCUACCUCUCUAGGGUUCUUCUUCAAGUUCUUCGAGCUUCUUCUGCGUUCAAUCAUGGCGGUUUUCGUGUUCUUAGUGUUCUUCCUUGCCCUAACUGGUCAAUCUUACGCCAACUAUUGCUUGUGUAGAGAUGGAGUGAGCCAACAAGUUCUUCAAAAAGCACUGGAUUAUGCCUGUGGCGCCGGAGCUGACUGUUCUCCGAUCCUCUCUAAUGGCGCCUGUUUUCAGCCCAACACUGUCAAAGAUCACUGCAGCUACGCCGUCAACAGCUAUUUCCAGAGAAAAGGUCAAGUCCAGGGAAGUUGCGACUUCUCCGGCGCCGCCACUCCCAGCGUUUCCCUCACCGCCUCUGUGCCCUCCGGCUGCGUCUACCCUUCGAACCCCAGCAAUGCGGGAACCUCGCCGACGACCUCCGGCGGAACUACACCGGGGACGACGAAUCCAGGAAUGACGCCGUCGGUAUUCGGUAACGGAAUCAGUCCGAGUGGGAGCGGCGCCGGGUUCAACGACGGGAGCGGUGGCGUGGGUUUCAAUGAGAAGAUGAACUUGCUUUUGAGUGUGGGCUUAACUCUGUGGCUUUCCGUACUGUUGUUCUAGGGAUGAUGAAAAUCUCGUUGAAGGGUUGAGAUUUUGCCACGUGUGUAGGGGAAUAUGGAUUGCUUUUUGACCAUUGGAUUUUGGUGUUUGGUUGUAUAUGCGGUUGAAAGUUAUUGAUUUACCCUUUCCCCCCUCUCGUUAAAAUUAGUUGUAAUCAUCCUCCUUUAUUAAUUAAUGUAAUGUGGUUUUUUCAGUUUAAUAUUAGCAAUAGGACCCGCCCCCGAUCUAGGAGGGAGUGAA